AUGUCUGUGGUCGGUCCAUCUUUGUCUUCCGUCGGAGCAUGGGCGGAAUUUCUACAAGGAAGCCAUUGGAUUGGAACCCAAUUUUUCAGUAGCAAACCUCCCAAUAAGACAAACAAAUCACCGGGACAAGGAAAAUCGCAGGGAGCAGCAACUAAACCCCCGGAUACUAAACCUCCACCACCUCCUCCGCCUGGAACUCCACCACCACAAACGAAAACAAAAUUCGGCCCAUUGGCGGAUUCCGAUCGAAUUUUCACAAAUUUAUAUGGUCGCCAUGAUUGGACCUUGCGUGGGGCAUUAGAACGUGGCGAUUGGUAUCGAACCAAGGAAAUUCUUUGCAAAGGACGUGAAUGGAUAGUUAAUGAAAUUAAAACAUCCGGUUUGAGAGGUCGAGGCGGUGCCGGAUUUCCUAGUGGUCUAAAAUGGUCUUUUAUGAGUGGCCCAUCAGAUGCACGUCCUCGAUUUUUAGUUGUCAAUGCUGAUGAAGGUGAACCGGGAACAUGUAAAGAUCGGGAAAUUUUACGUCAUGAUCCUCAUAAAUUAAUAGAAGGAUGCCUCAUUGCGGGAAGGGCAUUAGCGGCCCAGACAGCUUUUAUUUAUGUUCGUGGUGAAUUCUACAAUGAAACCUGCAAUCUACAAUAUGCUCUCGCCGAGGCCUAUAAGUGUGGUUUAAUUGGUCGCAAUGCCUGUGAUUCGGGUUAUGAUUUUGAUAUUCACAUACAACGUGGUGCUGGGGCCUAUAUUUGCGGUGAGGAGACCGCUUUAAUUGAGUCCAUAGAAGGGAAGCAGGGUAAACCAAGAUUGAAACCACCAUUCCCCGCCGAUGUUGGCCUCUUUGGUUGCCCAACAAUGGUGACAAAUGUGGAAACAGUGGCAGUGUCACCGACAAUCUGUCGUCGUGGAGGUAAAUGGUUUGCCAGUUUUGGACGUACACGAAAUUCGGGAACAAAGCUGUUCAAUAUCAGUGGCCAUGUCAAGAGACCCUGUACGGUAGAAGAAGAAAUGUCAAUGCCACUGCGUGAAAUUAUCGAACGCCAUGCGGGUGGUGUACGUGGUGGUUGGGAUAAUCUCUUGGCUGUUAUACCCGGAGGUUCCUCCACACCUGUCAUACCCAAAAAAGUAUGCGAUGAUGUCAUUAUGGAUUAUGAUGGCCUUAUGGCAGCUCAAACUUCUCUAGGGACUGCAGCAAUUAUUGCCAUGGACAAAUCAACAGAUAUUAUUCGAGCCAUUGCCCGUCUUAGUCAAUUUUAUCGUCAUGAAAGUUGUGGCCAAUGUACCCCAUGUCGUGAAGGUGUUCCAUGGAUGUCAAAGAUUAUGGAUCGUUUCGUAACGGGAAAUGCUGAACCGGUGGAAAUUGAUAUGCUCUACGAAAUAUCGAAACAAAUUGAAGGUCAUACAAUAUGUGCAUUUGGUGAUGGUGCCGCUUGGCCACCGCAAGGUUUGAUUCGGCAUUUUCGGCCGGAAAUUGAAAAGCGUAUGAAGUUAUAUGUUGAGAAAUUGCCACAAAAGAAACCUGUGAAGAGGAAGUGUAAUCAAGGAGGGAAAUAA